AUGGGAAAACUCAAAUCUAAUCAAUCCAAAUUUGAGCAAGAAAAAACCACCAACAUAAGACCAAAAUAUUUGGUAACUUUAUAUGGAAGAAAGAGAGAUAGUGAGGAGGAGGCAAAAUCCGCAACGGGGAUACACAAUACGGAUGAUAUGGGAGCCAUGCCAAAGACCCAGACAUCAAAAAACGAAUCGAAUCCGGCCCUUAAAAAAACCAACAUUAAGCCAUGGCACUCAAUGAUUGAGAACCCUUAUGUAAACGUCGUGAACUUGGUUCUGGAUGAGGAUACUAGCAACAUACUAAACAAAGGGUACCCAUAUAAACUUAUGCGGAAGAUGCUGAGAGAGGUUAUCGAAAGACACAGAGUGUUGGAGUUCUAUAAUAAUGCUUGGGAAAUGGGAAACGAAGCAAGGGCCCCUCCCAGGAGGAUGGACAAUUUUGGCAUUUUGUCGUUUGCAACUGCCAUCUUGCAACUUUUUAUGUACAUAGCCUAUGGUUGCAGAUAUAUCCUCCACACUCCCCGUAACAUUACAACCAAUGUCCUCAACCUAUCACAACACAACAUAACAAAAUAUCAUGCAAACAUCCUCAGCAAAGGCCUAGGAUUUGUUACUACACCAAAAAAAUUAAGAACGGCUGAAAUCACGGAUAGGAUUAGUAAAUCUGAAUAUACCCACUCGCCCAUUUAUAUACUCAUCCUGAUGAAGCCUAACUGGCGAAACGUCGAUGAUUUAUGUUUAUAUUGA